GAUCACAUAUAUUUUCUAAUUUCUCUCUUCCAGGAACCAUGGCGAUGACUGGCCCAGCACCUUGUUCAUCUAUGAGCAACCACACCAAGGAGCGAGUUACAAUGACAAAGGUGACAUUAGAAAACUUCUACAGUAAUCUGAUUGCACAGCAUGAGGAACGAGAAAUGAGACAGAAGAAGUUAGAAAAAGUUAUGGAAGAAGAAGGCUUAAAAGAUGAAGAGAAAAGAAUGAGGAGAUCAGCACAUGCCCGAAAGGAAACAGAGUUUCUGCGCCUAAAAAGAACAAGGCUUGGGUUGGAAGACUUUGAAUCUUUAAAAGUAAUAGGCCGAGGAGCAUUUGGAGAGGUAAGAGUUCAAAAUGAAAAAGACUUCUAAAAAGUAUAGACAGCC